CCCUCCCCAGCGGCAAGCCCGGCCCGAGCCAUGCUGCUCCUGGCGGCCGCCUUCAUCGUGGCCGUCGUCCUUCUCCUCUACAUGGUGUCGCCGCUCAUCAGCCCCAAACCCCUUAAGCUGCCCGGCGCGCACGUCGUGGUAACUGGAGGCUCCAGUGGAAUUGGAAAAUGUAUUGCUAUUGAAUGUUAUAAGCAAGGUGCUUUCAUAACACUGAUUGCAAGAGAUGAGAACAAGCUGUUACAGACAAAGAAGGAAAUAGAAAAGUACUCUGUUAAUGACAAGCAGGUUGUGCUGUGUAUUUCUGUUGAUGUAUCUAAAGACUAUGAACAGGUGGAGAAUGUUCUAAAACAGGCUCAGGAAAAGCUGGGGCCAGUUGACCUGCUUGUUAACUGUGCAGGAACAUCAGUUACAGGAAAAUUUGAGGAUAUUGAAGUGAAUUCUUUUGAAAGAUUAAUGGCAGUCAAUUAUCUGGGUAGUGUUUACCCGAGUCGUGCAGUGAUCUCUACCAUGAAAGAACGGCGGAUGGGAAGGAUUGUGUUUGUAUCAUCUCAGGCUGGGCAGUUGGGCCUUUUUGGUUAUACAGCCUAUUCUCCAACCAAGUUUGCUCUUCGAGGAUUGGCCGAAGCCCUGCAAAUGGAGGUCAAGCCUUAUAAUAUCUAUGUAACAGUGGCCUAUCCUCCAGAUACUGACACACCAGGCUUUGCAGAAGAAAGUAAAACAAAGCCCUUAGAGACAAAGCUCAUUUCUGAAACCUCAUCUGUUUGCCAAGCGGAACAAGUUGCCAGAGUUAUAGUCAAAGAUGCCAUACAAGGGAACUUUAACAGCUUUGUUGGAUCAGAUGGUUACAUGCUAUCAAUAUUGACAAGUGGAAUGUCACCAGUCACUUCUAUCACUGAAGGUCUUCAGCAGGUUGUUUGCAUGGGCAUUUUUCGCAUCAUUGGCCUCUUUUACCUAGGAAGCUUUGACAGCAUAGUUCGACGCUGCAUGAUGCAAAGAGAAAAAUCUGAAAAUACAGAUAAGACUGAAUAAUCUUGAAUUGAAUUGAAAGAAGAAUGUCAAACAGUCCUGGACAGCUUGCUGCUCAAGUGGGACUCAGCUUCUCUGUUGAAGGAUGUAGACUGAAGGUACUUGGUUAUGUGAUAGAUGAGUCCUCUCAAAAGCAAUGAAAGAAAACAGAAGCUUAACUCCAGAAAAUGCCAAGCUAUGCAAAAGAGAGAUUGAGGAUUAGCUUUUUUUUUUUUUCCUUUGGUGAUUUGAGCUGGAGAGAAUUUGGGAACAUGUAAGUCAUCUGUAGGGUAGAACGUGAGAAUGGACCAUGUGUGGUAAUUCUGGACAAAUGCUUAGGUUUUCUCACUUUGGUGCUUAUGUGGAAAAAAAAUAACUAUACCAUGACAGACUGGGCUGAAGUAGAUUAAAGUCCCCUGAACAAGUCAGUACUCUUGCUAAUGUUUUGGGACUGUUUUUAAUUUGGAAUGUUAACUUUUCCUUUGAUGGCCAAUCUACAGAUAUUUCAGUCAAAGACAGCUUUCUUUAUUCUGUUCAGCACACACUUGUGGAAACCUCGAGAUGACAGAUAUUUUUUUUUUUUGGUUAAUCUAAGCUUUCUCAGUCUGGGAGUAAUUAAAAAGUAUGACUUAAUGUAUGCAUACUUUCUAAAGGGAGAUGAAGAACCCAUUCCUACAGAGAAAUGCUAGGAGGUGUAACUGGCCCUUGAAGUAUGCUGUGAACAAAAAAAAAAAAAUCAAACUAUUUUCAAGAGUGAUCAUGUCUUUCAACAUUUUAAAUCAUUGGAAAAGUAUUUGUCAAAGUUAUACACUCUUCUUAUCUGCCAGUUUUUGCUCUGGAAAGGGAAGUAGCUUCAUGCUACUGUCAUGCACAUUAUUUUUCAAAGCCACAAAUGAUGAGCCACACCAGUAGGUGAUGAUAGACUCGGACGCUGGGCUCUUAGGGUAGCAGGAAUGUAGCUUUUGGGACAGGGGGCAGGGAGGAGAAUCAGAAUGGUAUCUGUGCUUAAUUUGUUUGUUACACAGAAAAACUUCUAACACAACAAGAAAUUAUUUAAAAUUCUCUCCUCUGUCCCUCUCCUCAUUUGCUUGAUUUACAUUAUAUAUGAAUCAAGACUGCUCCAUAACUGCUUCAGAAUACACAGAACACAAUGUUUUGUUUUUUUUUCUAAUAAAUUGCAAGUUUAACACUGGAAAAGCUUGAUGCAUAACAGUGAUGUUUUAAGGGUGCACUAUAUACACUGUUUAUUUAAUGGACCACUAUAGCAAGUGCCUUGUGAGCUUUUUUUCCCAAAAGCUGUGUAUUUUGUAUUUAUUAGCGCCAGUGUGUUGUAAAUGUCAGAUCUGCCAUUUCAGUCAGUACUCUGAACCUAAAACUACUGUUAAGACUCGGCGUUUUCACUUCCUUGAAAGUAGUAUUUAAGAGCAAAGCAAGCGAAAUUGAUUGUUUUUAAGAUGUUCUGUAUACCUAUUUAAGAACGGGUAUUCAGUUAAGCUGAGAUGAGAAAGAAUAGGUGGUUAACAGGGGAAAGUCUUAGAAAUGUAACUUGGUUGUUCUCCCUCUGAUUUCAGUUGAUCUCUUCAAAAACUUUUGUUCACGUAGGCUAAACUUGCUUUAAUGUCUGUUUUACAAAUGUAUUUGGAGGAGUCACACUGGUGCUCUCAUUCACAGUGGUUAGAAUUUCAUUGGAUUGCAAACGUUAAGGCAUUGCAGAAUACUUCCUAAAGCCUGUGUUUUAGGUCCUGCCUCUUGAUUUUCUUUAGAUAUGUGAAGUUGUGCAUGCCUAUAUUAUACAAUUAAUUUUGAGAGUACACUAUAUUCCUGCAUUUUUUUAAUCAGCUGGGCUUCAGUGCAGAGAAAUCUAGUCUGCAUUUGUGUUUUCUGUGCUGUUUAAUGUGAAUGACACAUAGUGGAGCAUUUCUCAUACAUUGUCAAUAUUGCCAUGUUUCUUAAAGCAACAUAACAAUGCUAUUUGGACCCAGUUAUCUACAUUAGUUGUUAUCCUGGUGCAAAAAUCAAAUGUUCCUUUGAUCAUUUGCAAAAUGAUACCAAAGUGGGUGAAUUGGUUAUGCGGUAGUUUGGAAGAUAUUUGCUUCUGCAAAUGACUUUAGAGCAACACAAGCUUUGAAGGUCAAGUCUUGAAACCAAUAAGACUUCAGAUACUUGAAUUUUAUAGGAUCUUCAACUUGGGAUAUUAAAAGGCUUGCAUUUGAGAAAUAAUUCAGAAGAUUAGAGUGCACGUACUGUGAUAACUGGGCCUCUUAAGAAUAUUUCGGGUUGGGCAUCUUAAAUCACCAGUCACUUUUCUGAAAAUCUUGACUGAAGAAUGCUCCAAAUAAUGACUGAUUGUAGUUCAGCAGGACUGUUUGUGAAGAGGAAUACUGGGUGAAAGUUAGGGCCCUGAGUUAAAGGUGCUUCAGUUCACACCUGUUUUUCCAUAUUGCAAGAAGUUGUAUUGGCUGUAAAAUUGUAGGUUGCAUCCCCUCAGCAAUUCUAGAAAUGUGAAGCAGGCAAACUUUGAAAAGAAACAAGUAAAGAAUAAUCUUUCUGAAUGUUCCAGCUUCUGUUGUUGCACAUUCGUAUGGUUCAUUUUAACUGAUAAACUUUCCAGCUGUUUUACUGUCAAAAUGGAGUUUGUUGUCAAAUGCAGCAGCCUUUAAUGUAAACUUUCUCUUAUCUCCGUUCUAAAUCUACGAUCAUACUCAUUUUAAGGUCCAAUAUUAAGUGAAGGAGAUGCCUUGUAAUCUUGUGGAAUAAUGUUUGAGUAAAAAAUACAUAUAUAUAUAUAUAUUUUUUUUUUUUUUGCUACUUUAAAUGUUACAGAACCUCUGCAUCGAAGCAUUUUAGCAGUGUAUUAAAUCCACGAGGAACUUCAAAUAGAUGCAACUACCAUUUUGUAAAGCUGUCAGUAAUUUAAUCACUUGUGCCAUAUCAGGCAGUGUCUUGUCUCUUGUUUUCCUGGUCAGUCUUUAAGAUUCACUUUGGACUUUGAUAGUCUUCUCUAUUCUGUGUAGUUUCUAAUGACCGUCUGCUUUAAACACAGAUUUAUUAUAACUUUACCAAGGUGUUCAUGUGCAAUUUAAAUGGAUUUAAUAUUUUACUAAGACAAAAGAUAUAGGUAAACUUUAUUUGCUGUGAAAAACUUGAGGCACUUUUAAGUGGUAAAAAUACAUAGUACUAUUUGUUUAAAAAAAAAAAAAAAAAAUUGUGCUUAUUGCUUCAUCUAUUUUGUGCCAGAACUGUAAACUAGUUUUCAGAUUUUAUAUUUCUCAAAAUAAACGGAGGAUCAACAAAA